UUCCUAGUUGCGUGUUAUAGUGUGCUACGCAUGCUGCUAAAGAUUUCAAGAAAAUCCCUACAAUCAUGAGUGGACUUGGUUAGAGCGGGCAAAGACGAGAAGGCAGUUAGACUUCCAAGUAUCGGCCACACUCACCAUUUCCAUCUUUCCUUUUCUUCGCCGGCGCCAGCCCCCGCAUCGCCGAACCUCCCGCUUUAGCUUAUCUCCACCGAAGCACGCCGGCGGGAGAAUUCAUCCAGACGUGGCAUUGAGCGAAUCCUUUUCCUGUUAAUUGCGGACUCUUCUCCUGCGGUCUUGCGGAAGGCAUGGCGGGGUUCGGAUGGAGAGUCGGUUCCAAGGUGCAGAGAUGGUGUCGGAGCUGCUUCCGGGGCUUCUCUUCAGCUGCUAUUCCGUCUCAGCUGGAGAAUGUAGGAUUCAUAGGACUCGGGAAUAUGGGAUCCCAUAUGGCAAGGAACCUGAUUACGGCUGGAUAUAAAGUAACUGUUCAUGAUAUAAAUGAAAAUUCGAUGAAGAAAUUCUCAGACGAUGGAAUCCCCACAAAGCAGUCUCCGCUUGAAGUUUCAAUGUCGAGUGAUGUCGUGAUUACCAUGCUUCCUUCCUCUUCCCAUGUUUUAGAGGUAUACAAUGGAACUAAUGGCUUGCUCGGUGGUGGUAGCCACCUUGGACCUUGGUUAUACAUAGACUCAUCUACAGUUGAUCCGCAAACAUCAAGAAAGAUAUCAACGGCCAUAUCAAGAUGCCAUUUAAAAGAAAAUAAAGGCUACACUGAAAACCCAAUGAUUCUGGAUGCUCCGGUGUCUGGAGGUGUUCCUGCUGCAGAAGCUGCGAAGCUAACUUUCAUGGUGGGAGGUCUAGAGGAAGCGUAUUUAGCAGCCAAGCCCCUACUUCUCUCAAUGGGGAAAAGGGCAAUCUACUGCGGUGGGGCUGGAAAUGGCUCGGCUGCAAAGAUCUGUAACAACAUGGCAAUGGCGAUCAGCAUGCUCGGGGUCUCGGAGGCCUUUGCUCUUGGUCAGAAUCUUGGGAUUAAAGCAAGCACUCUUACAGACAUUUUCAAUUGCUCAAGUGCUCGCUGCUGGAGUAGCGACACAUAUAACCCAGUUCCCGGGGUUAUGGAGGGCGUGCCAUCAUCGAGGAACUAUGACGGUGGUUUCACCUCCAAACUAAUGGCUAAAGAUUUGGAUUUAGCCAUGGCCUCUGCAUCUGGAGUCGGCUUUAAAUGUCCCAUGGGCUCUGAGGCACUUGAAAUUUACCGAAAGCUUUGCGGGGAUGGCUGCGAACUCAAGGACUUCUCAUGCGCAUUCCGCCAUUACUAUGCUGGCAAGGAUGAAGAGUGAUCGUGUAGUUACUCGCGUGUUCAAAUGAAUAAAACAAAUAAAGUUAUUGGAAUGGUUCCAGUGUAAACUGUGUAGUGUUGUACUGAGACAUGGUGGCUGAGCUGUAGGGACGAUCACCUUUGUAAACUGUUGGUUUGCUUCUCGGCAAUCGGCAAUAGACUGUUCUGAGACACCAUGAUCCAAGAACUGCCAGUUUUCAGAAAUUUCGUUUCUGUUC